AGACUCCUCCCAUCACAGAAGGACAGGUCGUCUGUCUGCAGCUGCAGCUGUCAAUCUUUCAAAAAUAUAUGUUUUAAUGUUUUAAAAUAUUUCCGUUAAGAAGAAGAAGCGGAACUGAAGGAAACAUGAGAUCCGUCGGAGUUUCUCUGGUUUUUCUCCUCGUCGUUCACUCUGACACCUGGGAACUAUCGGAUCACGAGAACCCGGCACCGCUCGAGCAGAUAUCGCAGAAACCACAAAAACCACAGUUUCCGAUUCCGCAGCCAACCUUGGCCCCGCCCCCAGAGGUCUCCAGCCCUGACCCCACGCCGCAGAAGACACCGAAAUCUCCGGGUCCACGUGAGUGCGUGGACGAGAACUCACUGUCGCCCCCUGCCUGCACACAGACUCGUGAGUCAUGUGACCUGGUGUUCUGUCCCCCGUGGGAACGCUGCAUCGACGGACAGUGCUCCUGUAAGCUUCCCUACAUGUGUGACAUGGACGACGUGGCUCCAGUUUGUGGACGCGAUCACAGAAGCUAUCGCUCGUUCUGUCAGGUGAUGGCGGUGUCCUGUCGGCUGAGGAAACCCAUCAUGUCGCACUUUGGUGAAAACUGCAUAGAGAGCGUUCUAAAGUUCGACAGUUCGAUCGACGCAGACACGGGAUUGGUCAGAGUCUUCCUCCCCGACACCAAGAGCUCGCAGGGAGGCGAGAGCCUCCUGGUUUGUGCACAGACCUGGAACAUGGAGGCCGCUAACAUCGUCUGUAAAGAGCGCGGAAACGAACUCGGCGCCGCAACAGCUCAUCAAGUCUCAUUCGCUUCCCUGGCAACCAAAGAUCCCAACAAGCAGUUACCCGGCAGCUGCGUGAACUUCCGUUGCCAAGGUUACGAGAAUUCCCUGGCCGAGUGUGAGAUCUCCAACAAGGCCACUGUCGGACAAACCGUCGCCGCGGUGACGUGUUACGAGCCUCAGGCGCGUCCAGAGUCAGACUGCGGCUUCACCUGCGCUAACGGCAAACGUGUGACGGCAAACAGGACGUGUGACGGCGAGGACGACUGCGGCGACCGCAGCGACGAAAUGUGCUGCAAAAGUUGCAGGAAUGGAGCGUUUCGCUGUAAGACAGGUGUGUGUGUCCACAGCGACGCGCUCCUUGACGGACAGAUGGACUGUCUGGACGGCGAGGACGAAUCGGUCAAACACGAAUCCAAGAAAAAAACAGAGACAGGACUGAGGAGACUCACGACGUCAGAGUACAUCUCUCCUAAGAACGAAGUCAAAAUAAACAGGGUUAACAUGGAGUCGAAGUUUCAGUGUGGGGUUCCUAACGCCACCACGGUGGACGACGAAAUCGUGGAGGAGCGAGUGGCAGGCGGGCGAGUGAAGAGGGUGGUGGGAGGAGUCCCAGCCAAACCGACUCAGAUCCAGUGGCAGGUUGCUAUUCAGGAAUAUCAGGCGAUCAACUGUGGAGGAGCGUACAUCGGGGGCUGCUGGGUAAUCACUGCGGCACACUGCGUCAGAACGAACCCGUCUGUGUUCAAGGUCAAGUUUUCUCUCUGGAAAAAGUUUGGGGUUCAGGGCACGACGGACGUGGUUCCCGUGGAGGAAAUCAUCAUCCACCCGAGGUACAACCCGAACACGUACGAGAACGACAUCGCUCUGGUGAAGAUGAAGAAGCUUCCUUUCAAGGAGGAGUGUUUCACCGAAAACCCGGCCAUCAGCGCCGUGUGCGUCCCCUGGUCCACGCAGCUUUUCCAGCCCAACCACACCUGCAGCAUCUCGGGCUGGGGACGAACCGCGAGCGGCCGAGCCGCUCAGGUGUUGCUCUGGGCGAACGUCUCCAUCAUCGGCAACUGUCAGAGAUUCUACAAAGAUCGCUUUAAACCGGGGAUGAUGUGUGCGGGUGAUCUGGACGGGAGCGUGGACUCGUGUCAGGGAGACAGCGGCGGUCCACUGGUGUGUGAGGACGAACAGGGCGUGUCCUACCUGUGGGGCGUCGUCAGCUGGGGAGAUAAAUGUGGUCAGGCGGGAUCACCAGGAGUUUACACACAAGUCGCGUAUUUCUUUGAGUGGAUCAGGAGUCACACGGGCUGGGCGGCAGUUACCAAGUUCAACUCCUGAUGUUGUCUGCAAAAUACUGACCAGAUCAAGCGUCGGUGGAUCCCGCGCUGAUGUUUUUGGGGUUUUUUUAGCGAUCGCUCGCUAAUUUAGAGAAAGAAAUGUCACAUUUUCACAGUUUUAAUUAUGUUUUUAUUCUUGUGACGCACUUUGACUUUGUAUGAAAUUGUGCCGUAUAAAUAAAGUUUCAUCGAUUGAUUGAAUAGACCAAAAA